UUGGGGUAGAGUAACAAGGAACUUCCCCAUCAGAUCAUCACAACCAUUAUAAUAAUAUAAUGUGAAGGCAAAGAAGUCCUCUAGGGUCGAAGACUUGUGUCCUUUCCUCCCAAAUCACAAAUAAAACAAAGAACAAGACCUGAAGUCUUUGUGUACAUGGGGAAUUUCCAGGAAGUUAAACAAGACAACUUAGAGAUUAGAACUAUCAUCGUCUGAUCAACGUAGAGACCGUGUGUGUACAAUCUUUCACACCCUCUGUGUAAUGUCUGAGAAAAUACUUGGAUUUGAAACCCCAUUAUUAGAAUUGUACAUAUGCCUAAGCCAGGGUUUUAUUUUUUGGUUCAUAAAAAAAAGUUUUUGAUGGGUUUUACCGUCCAGAUUUUAACCUACCCGGCUAAGACCCUGCGUCUCCAAAUAAAAACAAAAAAUUAACAAACACUUGAUUGGGGUAGAGUAACAAGUUCUUCCCAAUCAAAUCAUCACUAUAAUAUGAAGGCAAGGACUUGGGUCGAAGACUUGAUGCCCUUUCCUACCAUAUCACAUAUAAACAAUGAACAAGACCGGAAAUUUCCAGGAAGUCAGCAUCUUUUUUCUUUGAGUUACUUCCGUUCUCUUCCUACAGACUUACCCUGCCGCCAGAGUCUUACUCUUGUUUCUUCGACUGUUUCUCCACAAAACAACGGCGGUGUUUUUCUUGUUUCUCUCUAUCUUUUUGUUUGUUUAUAUCUGGAGAUUCAUCAUACGAAACCAUCAUAUAUCUCCAUCGCCAUCUACUCCUUCCACCUUAACCACCGCCCAGCCACAAGGAAUGAAAUAUGAUGUCUUCCUUAGUUUCAGAGGAGAAGACACUCGUUUUGAUUUUACCAGCCACCUCUAUGCCGCUUUGAACCGGAAACAAAUCCUCACUUUCAUAGAUUAUCAGCUUGUGAGAGGAGAUGAGAUCUCGGCAUCACUUCUGAGAACAAUUGAAGAGGCCAAGCUUUCUGUGAUUGUUUUUUCUGAAAACUAUGCAUCUUCCAAAUGGUGCUUGGAGGAGCUUGCAAAGAUUUUUGACCGUAGAAAAAAUAAUGGACAACUAGUUAUUCCGGUAUUCUACCAGGUGGAUCCAUCCCAUGUAAGAAAUCAAACAGGAAGCUUUCGGGAUGCAUUUGCUAGACUUAUAAAGAAGAAAGCUUUGACGAUGGACAAAGAGCAGAGCUUCAGAGACGCUUUGAAGGAUACAGCCACUCUAUCUGGAUGGACCUUAGGGAAUUCUCAGCUGGAGUCUGAAUUUAUUGAGAAAAUCGUUGGAGAUGUUUUGGAAAAAUUGCAUGCCAUGCCUUCAAGUCACACUAUGGCGGGUCUAUUUGGAAUUGGUGUUCGUGUUAGCGAAGUUGAGUCUUUGUUAAAUAUGGAAUCUCCAGAUGUUCUCAUUGUAGGGAUAUGGGGAAUGGGUGGUAUCGGUAAGACAACGAUUGCUGAAGUUGUGUGCAGCAAGGUUCGUUCUCGAUUUGAAAGAAUCUUUGUUGAAAACUUUAGGCAACAAUCUGAUUUGCGAAGAAGCUUUCUUUCAUGGCUGCUUGGCCAAGAAACUCUGAACACUAUGGGCUUCUUGAGUUUUCAAGAUUCUUUUGUGAGGGAUAGACUUCGUCGAAUAAAGGUUUUUAUUGUUCUGGAUGAUGUGGAUGAUUUAAUGCGUUUUGAAGAAUGGAGAGAUUUGCUUGACGGACGAAACAGUUCAUUUGGUCCGGGCAGUAAAGUUCUCAUAACAAGUAGAGACAAACAAGUGCUUAGUAAUGUAGUAGACAAGACAUACAAGGUUCAGGGGUUGACCAAUGAACAAGCUAUCCAACUCUUUAGCUCAAAAGCCUUGAAGAAUUGCAUCCCCACAAGUGAUCACAGACACUUGAUAGAACAGAUUGGAAGGCGUGUACAAGGCAAUCCGUUAGACCUUAAAGUUUUGGGUUCUUUUCUCUAUGGUAAAAGCAUAGAAGAAUGGCGCAGUGCAUUGAAUAAACUAGCUCAGCAUCCUUCAAUCGAAAGGGUGUUGAGAAUUAGUUACGAUGGGUUGGAUUCAGAACAAAAAUCCAUAUUUCUUGACAUAGCACAUUUCUUCAUAGGAAGAUCGGAGCCAGACAAAGCAACAGGAAUAUUAGAUUGCUUAUAUGGUCGGUCUGUGAAGUUCGAUAUAAGCACGCUCAUUGAUAAGUGUCUCAUAACUCGUACUCAUAAGAUUUCCAAUAACGAGCUAGAAAUGCAUGAUUUACUACGAGAAAUGGCAUUUAACAUUGUUCGUGCAGAAUCUGAUUUUCCUGGCGAACGUAGCAGGUUAUGUCAUCCUCCUGAUGUCGUUCAAGUAUUGAAGGAAAAUAAGGGAACUCAAAAAAUUAAAGGCAUAUCUUUGGACAUGUACUGGUUAUGGAGACAUAUACACUUGAAAUCUGAUGCCUUCGCAAUGAUGGAUGAUGGUCUUAGAUUUCUCAAUUUCUAUCACGAUGGUUUCUCCAAAGAAAAUAAAGUGCACCUUCCUCCUACUGGCCUCGAAUAUCUUCCUAAUGAGCUGAGAUAUUUGCGAUGGGAUGGAUUCCCUUCGAAAUCCUUGCCGCCAUCUUUUCGUGCUGAACACCUUGUCGAGCUUCACCUACGCAAAAGCAAGCUUGUAAAACUUUGGACAGGAGUAAAGGAUGUUGUAAAUUUAAGAACCAUUGACCUAUCUGACUCUACAUAUUUGACGGAAUUGGCAGAUCUAUCAAUGGCCAAAAAUUUAGUGUCCUUAAGACUUGACGACUGUCCAAGUUUAACCGAGGUUCCGUCAUCUCUUCAAUAUCUUGACAAGCUCGAAAAAGUUAGUCUCCUUCGUUGCUUAAAUCUUAGAAGAUUUCCAAUGCUUGAUUCAAAGGUUCUCAGACACCUUGAAAUAAAUCGGUGCCUAGAUGUGACCACGUGUCCAACGAUUUCACAAAAUAUGGAAACGUUAAUAUUGGAAGAAACUUCAAUCAAAGAAGUUCCACAAUCAGUUACUGGCCGGUUGAAAUUACUUUUUCUAAAAGGUUGCUCAAAGAUGACCAAGUUUCCGGAGAAUUUAGAGGAUAUAGAAAUUUUAUCUCUAAUAGGAACUGCUGUUAAAGAGGUGCCCUCAUCAAUCCAGUAUCUCACAAGACUCUACAAUUUGAAUAUGAAUGGUUGCUCAAAACUUGAGAGCUUCCCAGAAAUCACAGUGCCUAUGGAAUCUUUGUGGAGACUUAACUUGAGUAAAACAGGCAUUAAAGAGAUACCUUUGAUAUCAUUUAAGCAUAUGAUAUCUUUGACGUCUCUGUAUUUAGAUGGAACGCCUAUUAAAGAGCUACCCUUAUCGAUCAAAGAUAUGGUACAUUUGGAAGAACUGACUUUGCAUGGAACACCUAUUAAAGCGUUACCUGAGCUUCCCCCUUCGCUGAGGAAGCUAACAACACAUGACUGUGCAUCACUAGAAACCACCAAUAUCGGUAGAUUAGAGUUAGGAUUGGAUUUUACAAAUUGCGUCAAAUUGGAUCAGAAACCACUGGUAGCAGCAAUGCAUUUGGAAAUUCAGGUAUCUCUCUUAACCCCCUUGUCUUUCUUUCUUCUCUCUUUCUUGCUUGCUUCAUCACAUUUUCGAAAUGUGACUUUUGUGUUACAGUCCGGAAAGCAGAUCCCACAUGGCAGAAUUAAAAUGGUUCUACCGGGAAGUGAAAUUCCAGAAUGGUUCGGUGACAAAGGAAUUGGAUCUUCACUCACCAUACAGUUGCCCUCAAAUUGUCAUCAGCUCAAGGGAAUUGCUUUCUGCCUUGUCUUUCUACUCCCUCUUCCCUCCCAGGACAUGCUUUAUGAAUUCGGUGAUCGUUAUGAUGCUAAUGUAUAUUGUGAUUACCAUGUUAAGAGUAAAAACGGUGAGCAUGAUGGUGAUGAUGAAGUCGUCUUAGCUUCCGGGAAAACAAAUGUUAUAACAUUUAACAUGAAGAAAUGGGACUCGGAUCACAUGGUUCUACAUUACAGUAAUUUCAAUUUGGUAAAUCGUUUACGUGAAUAUUCUGGCAAUGAAGUUGCAAUUAAAUUCUACCAUUCUAUUCACAACCAUGGAAUUGGGAAGGUAGGUCAUGAGAUCCGAAGGCCUUCCGAGUUGAAAAGUUGUGGGGUGUAUCUGGACUUUGAUGAAAAUAUACCGGCGGACAAAAAGUUCAAAAGAAAAUUUUGGGAGAUAUAAAAGAAAUAGAAAGGGUGAGAGAGUUCUGUAAUUACUGCAAAUUGAUCUUCAAUUAUUACUUGGUUUUCAAGAUAGCUGUAAAUAUUGUUAUUCCCUUGCAACUGACUAACGAACUAACUUUCUGUUAUUCAA